GGUGUCCAACCUGCCCAGACGCACUUCAAGUGGCUGACCGAAAAUGUACAAGAGCAGUCUUCGGAACCUUGACGAUCGGGUGGCCUGUUCCAACGUAACCAUGGCACGUGUGGCUCUUGCAGUGCUACUCGUCGCUGUAGCGGUAGCCCCUCCCGCCGACGCCUUGCGAAUUUUGGGCAUAUUUCCGAUUCAAGCUCGCAGCCACAACAUAAUGUUCAAGGGCACGCUACAUGCGCUGGUUGACAGUGGCCACGAGGUGGUCGACCUCAGCCCCUACCCGCUCAAGACACCUCGCUCCAACUAUACCGACGUGGACCUCUCGAAGGUGCUUCCAUCCCUGGUCAACACCAUGAAUUUCGAGGAACUAACUGCCCUAACGAGGGUCGGCCUAUAUGACCUAAUCCGGCAGAACGUUGGUGCCGAACUUUGCCGGAAAGUGUUCCAAACCAAGCAGUUCCAGGACAUCAUGAGCGGAGCCUACGGCAAAUUCGACGUGGUGUUUACCGAAAUAGUGGGAACGGACUGCUUCUCCGUCGUCGCCCACAAAAUGCAGGUUCCUCUCAUCAGCAUCGCGACGCAACCCGACUUCAGUCAAAUUCACGAAAGGAUGGGGUCAGUAGACAACCCUUCCUACCUCGUUACAACCUAUGAAGCCCUGACCGGCAGAAUGAAUUUAUGGCAGAGGUGCCGGAACGUCUUCGCAUACUUUUCGAACAUCUUUCUGGUGAAGUGGUGGUUCGAAUACCCCAGCGACAUAGUGCUGCGGGAGUUUUUCGGCGAGGACACGCCGCCCAUAUCCGAGCUCAUCAAGAACACCAGUCUGGUCAUGGUGAAUCGGCACGUGAGCAUCAACCCGGCGCGCCCAAGCAACCCCAACGUCAUCGAGGUGGCCGGCAUCCACAUCAGAGAGAAGCCCAACGUCAGCAACAUCCCCCCGGCGAUCCGGAAGUGGAUGGACGAGGCGGAGCACGGCGUGGUGUACUUCUCGCUGGGCUCGCUGGUGCGGUCCGACACGCUGCCCAAGAGCAGCGUCCGGGCGCUGCUCGCCGCCUUCGCCGCGCUGCCGCAGCGCGUGCUCUGGAAGUACGAGGACUCCAGCCUGGAGCUGCCGCCCAACGUGAGGAUCGCGGCCUGGCUGCCGCAGAGCGACGUUCUCGCUCAUCCCAAGGUGAUGGUGUUCAUGACGCACGGCGGACUCAUGGGCACCUCGGAGGCGCUGUCGCUGGGCGUGCCCAUGAUUGGCAUCCCUGUCUUUGCGGACCAGGGUCCCAACAUCCUUCAGUACGAGGAGCUGGGCAUCGCGCGACUGCUCGACCACAGGGACAUCAGCAAGGAAACGGUCCUGGCCGCCAUCCGCGAGUUCACCACCUCCAACAAGUACCGGGAGCGGGCCAGGGAGGUGGCGGCGCUGUACGCGGACCGGCCGAGGACCGCGGCGCAGGAGGUGGUGUGGUGGACGGAGUACGUGGUGAGGCACAAGGGUGCGCGCCACCUUCGGCCCCUCAGCGCCGACCUGCCGCUGCACCAGUACCUGCUGCUCGACGUGAUCGCCGUGUUCCUGGCCGCCGUCGUCACCGUCCUGGCGGUCGUCUCUACCGUCCUCAAGAAGGUCCUCCGCAUCGUUUCCGCCACGCAGCCUCCGAGAUCGAAAGCGAAGACUCAGUGAUACUGCACUGAAAAUCCAAACCGCCAUCGGUGUAGGGCGGUAGGGACAGUCAGUGAAACUUGUUUGGACCCGUUUUCAUUGCUUUUCAAUGCCGUCCCAUGCAUUGGUGCACUCUCAGCCUCUUAGUAUUGACUUUAUCGUCAGUAACCAGGUAGAUACAAACAAUUUAAAGCAUAAAAUUAUUUAGGAAUUAAUUUUUGUCGAUAAGAUUUUGCAAAAAUGCAGAGAAUGCAGAGAAUAUGGACAAAAGCGAAAAGUACUUAUAACUGUUGCUCAAAUUACCUGGGGUACUAUCGACAAAAUGUCCCUACCAUGUACCAAAAUCCAAUAGCGAGUCUGAGAGCAUAUACGGGUUUUACAGGACGCCUCGCACAUCUGGGGCGAUGUCUUAAUGGAUUGCACCAUGCGUGCUGACCGUCAGAGCUACAGACUGAUAACUUACCAAAGAGUCAAAUUGUGCACACUAAUAAAUGUAUACGGACAUUUUUCGGUACCAACUGGCAACGUUUCUGAGCUUUGCCAAAUGUGGAGACAAAAUUGUUACCAGAUAGUAACAACCCUCUAUCAAAUCCAGAGGGGGUGUCCUCCUGGGAAGAAUAAUAUGGCGCACCAAUGAAAGUACAUUACUUCAUGUAUAGUUAGGCGUUACAAGUCAAAAUAUGAGGUCAAAAGUAAGGAACAGAACCAUGAACUGUCUAUAAAAUGUUCUCAAGCCACAUACGCUCUCUCAAAAAAAUUGAAGAAAUACAUGAAAAAAAAUAAUCA